AGGGGAGGGGGAGAGCGGCGGCCCGGGGGCUCCGUGCGGGCCCUGCCCGGGCGGGCAGUGCCGGGAGGGCUGAGGUCAUUGCUGGCUCUGCCAGUGAACAAAGUGAAGCAAAAUGUUAAUAUCACGGCUGAGUUCACAGUUACUGAAGGCUUCGAGAAUUGCAGGCCACCUCUUGCCCAGGUCAGUGUCCUCCUUCCUCUGCUGCCGCUCUCCGUCCGCACGCUACAGCACCCAGCCCCCUAAUACAAGUGGGGCACAGCCCCACCAGUGGCACAUGCUGGACCCUGAGCUGGAGGAGAUCCUGAUUCCUAGGAAACUCUCCAUCAGCCCCUUGGAGAGCUGGCUGACAGUGAGGUACUCCCUCCCCAAAGUUGAGGGGGCUCAGGAAGAAGUGAGCCACGAAAGCCCACAGCCUUCCGAGUGUCCCCCUCCUGCUGGGACUGGGUAUGUUGGCGAAGGAGAGGGAGCCCUGGGUGACAAAGUGCAGUGCAGAAAUGUCCUGAAGAUCCGCAGGAGGAAAAUGAACAGGCACAAGUACAAGAAGCUGCUCAAGAGGAGGAAGUUCAUCCGCAGGAGGAUAAAGGAGGGGCGCAAGAAGAAGCGUCAGAUAAAAUUUGAGAAAGAUUUGGAGCGCAUCUGGAAAAAAGCUGGCUUGAAAAGUACUCCUGCAGGGUGGCAAACCCCCAAGAUCUACCUGAGGAGUUCCAGGCGUUAAAAAAAACCCACCUGUCAUAAAUUUUAACCUGCAGUUGUAAUUAAAAAAAAUAUUUAAGUAUGUUGAUGACAUUUAAUCUUUUUCUGAUUGUGAUGAAAAUAGUAGGAAGGAGUUUUCCAAGGACAGACUGGCAGCUUUUCCUCCCCAAAGCGCUUUUCUAGUGGUUUGGCACUGCUGUCCUGUGAUCAUUGAUGAAUUUCUGAAGUCCGUCUUUGAGAUGAGACUGAACCUAAGAAAAAUCAGAUGUGGGAGAUGGGAUCAGUGAAAGAAUUCCUGUUGUUUAUAUGGCACAAACCUUUGGAAAAGUUCUUUUCUAAACUUCAUUCUUUCACAGCCUUACUGCAGAAAGGUUGGGGUUUUCCUAAGAGUUGUGGUGGGAUGGGAAUUGGAUCCAAAUUCUAUGGAAUUUAUCUGCAAGAGCUUUUGUUGUCUCAUCUGGAGUCUUGGUGUGCAGGUGCCUUGGGCAUUGUGUGAGCAUCCUUAAAAGGCACAUUUAUUUUUGUGUUCUAUUUUGUGCUAAUAAAAAGUGGUUAUUUUUGUCUUUGA